UUUACUGGACUCAGCUGCUGGACGACUUACAAUAAACGGACCCUUCAUAUAAAACCAAACUCACCUGGCAGGCAGCCAGUGUAGUCAGCGAACAGGUGGGGUGAAAGACUGGGCGGGACUGCACAAUGUGACACACCUCAGCUUGCCAAAGCUUUCAGUACCAGCGAGUGAGUGACAUACCUGUAGUCACACUGAGACUCGGGACAGGUUUUGUCAUCGGUGGGAUCAGACACACACAGCUGUUAACAUCAAGAGCCAGGCAUUGGAAGUAUUUCAAACUUGCUCUGUUCUCAUAGAAAAGCUGUUUCAUCUUAAGCAUCACCUGCUGACACAAAGAUGACAAAUGUCACUCGGCAUCUUGUUAACCACCUCCUGACGUUCUCGCUCCAAAACGGGGAAGUGCAGAGCGUUGAGGAAGCUCAGAACCGUCUUUCCUUUCUGGCUCAGAAUAAAAAGCUAUGGAGUCAACAGAUGUUGCUGGAUGUGGGAGCAGGGAGCAUUCAUCUCAGAGACAUACAGAGUCAGGACGAGCUGGAGAGCUACACCUUCAGAUCCAUCUACCGCUGUGAAGCCAUUAACACAGAAAAACACUUCCCAUCCCUCCUUAUGUUAGUCUGCCAAAGUGCAGAUCAGAAGAAGCCGGACAUUCACUUCUUCAACUGUGAAACGGUGAAGGCAGAGCAAAUCUGUGAUGACGUCUCACUCGCAGUUUCAGCUUUCUCCACCAGCAGGAGUAAGGUCCUCCAUGAUGACCACAGGCUUUCUCAGAGUGGAGGGGAGAUGCCUGACCCAUAUAAUAUACCAACCCACCCCAGGCUACAUGCUCCAAAUCCCCCACCUGCCAACCCUCCACCCUACCCUGGACCCAAAGCAAAUGGCGGACCUGAUAUCUCUUUCCUGCGAGCAGAGAGAGAAGUGGGGAUCCUCAAUCACUGCUUCGACGACAUCGAGACCUUCAUGGGCAAGCUGCAGGAGACUGCUGAGGCUGCAGUGAUGCUGAGCCAAAAGAAGAAGAAGAAGAAGAAGAAAAGUAAAAAGCAAAGCGCCGAAGAUGAUUUACUCACCACAAAGGCCCGCCCUCCAUCAGAGGAGGAAUUCAUUGAUAUCUUCCAGAAAUUCAAAUAUUGCUUCAGCCUUUUGGCUCGUCUGAAAUCAACCAUCACCAGUCCUUCAUCAGAGGAACUCGUUCACCAUGUGUUCAAACCUCUGGAUAUGAUGGUGAAAACAACAGGAGGACCAGCUUUUGGAGCCUCAGUGUCCAGCCCUGCCCUGACCAGCUCUGCUGUUUCCCUGCUACAAAAUACCCUGAGUGAUGAGGAGAGGCAGCUCUGGACGUCACUGGGACCCAACUGGACACUCCCUCGGUCUCAGCUCAGAGGGCCUAUAGCUCCAUACACUCCCGUGUUCCUGGCUGGCUGGAAGCCAGAAGCCUCGAGGCCAGACGGGCAGGUUUGGGAGGAUCCAGUCGAGUCACAGCACAAACUUGAAGCUCUUCAAGAAAAACAAGAGCAGCAGCCACCAGACGUUCAUAUUGGUGAUGAAACAGGUUCCCUCCCAGGGUCGGACAGAAUCUACUGCUGCAGUUACGACUUCAUAGCCAGGAACAGCAGUGAGCUUUCAGUGCAGCACGGGGAGACACUCGAGGUGAUCGAGUCAUCCAAGCGCUGGUGGAAGUGUCGUAAUCGGUUUAACCAGGUCGGCUUCGUCCCCUUCAACAUCUUGGAGCCCGUGGCUCACAUAGACAGCCCUGUCACUCACAGACCCCCCAGCGUUCCAGCUCCACCUCCACUCGCCAAGACUCUUCCUCUCGGCCCACCCGCCGCCCCUGCUCUUCCCCAAACCACCGCCACCCACUCGCCCCAGCAGCCACGCAGCUUACCAUCAUACAACCAACAUGUGCAAGCUGUCGAGGAAAAUGACAAAGUCAUGUUGGUGAAUCAUGAGCUGCUCGACAGGCUGACCAAUGGAAAGGCCAGUCUGAGCAAGCCUCUCGUCAUCCAUCGUUCCUCAGACACCACCAUCCCUCUGGACUACCACUCUCCUCCAGACGAGGUGGCUGAGUGGCUGAGGGGGAAGGGUUUCAGUGAGCCGACCGUGUCAUGUUUGGGAGUACUGACAGGCGCCCAGCUCUUCUCUCUCAACAAAGAUGAGCUGAGAGCUGUGAUUCCAGAGGAGGGUGCCAGAGUGUACAGUCAGCUCACUGUGCAAAAAUCACUGCUAGAGGAUGCCAAAAGAGCCACAGAGCUUGAGUCAGUCAUGGAGAAACAGAAAAUGAAGGUUGAUCUCAAGCUGGAGAGCAGUACGUUGUGAGAAACAUCAUCAUGACGAACGUCAUGAAGAACGUUAAAUGAAGAGGUUGUGUUCUCCCGUCACCAGAAACCAAACGUGUGGCAGUGACUUGACUAUCUAACAUCAUGUUUAUGAAGAGCAUCAUACCAUUAUGGGUCAUUAUGACAAUAUUAACUAAUGUUACACUCCCCUCCAAAAGCAUUGGAAAAGUGAGGCCGGUUCCUUUAUUUUGCCUGUAGACUGAAACCGUUUGGGUUUAAUGAGAUAAAAGAUCAACAUCUCAGCUUUUAUUUCCAGGUAUUUGCAUCUGGAUCUGAUACACAGUUCAGAAGAUAGCACCUUUUGAUCAGAUCCAGACGUAAAUAGCUGGAAAUAAUAAAAGCUGAGGUGUUGAUCUUUUGUCUCAUAUUCAUAUUCAUCUACUGAAAACCCAAAUGUUUUCAGUCCCCAGCAAAAAUAAAGGGGUUUGCUUCACUGUUCCAAUACUUUCGGAGUGGAGUGUAUUAGCCAGCAAAAUGCAAUGUAGGCUUUUAAUGUAACCAGAUGCUGUGCAAACUAAAGGGGACCUAUUUUGCUUUUACUUAUAUUGUGUCAUAUAUGUACUGCUGCAGUGGUGGAUGCUCAUAUUAAACAUGGACAGUUUCAAACAGAAAUCGGAGUAUGUACAAGUAAUCCAGGACUCAAACACUCAGGAUUCAAAGGGCACUAAAAGCCAUUUUUUUUUUUCUACUCAGCGCUUUGAAUGAUGUCACAAAGGGACCAUCAUACCUCAGGCACACAGCUCUGGCUGUUUAAACCUUCUGUUUGCAAGUGGCAGCCAGUCAGAAGAAAGCUGACGUAAAGGCAAGGAAAAUGUUUAUUUCGGGAUGACCUGAGGUUUUGCACUAAUGCUCAGUGUAAGAAUGAUCCUGAACUGUGCAUCCUGCAAAGCUUUUAUAAGAGAAUACAAGAAUAUGAAAAUGAGUCUAACAGAUCUUUAUUUUAAUGCUGAACUGCCCUGUAUGUUGAUUUUAGUGUGAACAGUUUUCUUUUUUCUGCCUAAUUAAUUUAAACGUAUUUAUCUUUGUACUACACGUGUGUAAUAAUUCAGUCACGAUUAACAUGUCUUAAGAACGACAUGACCUCGUCAACAAAAUUCAACACAAUAAAAUUUCA